UUUUCUAGAGGUUUCUAUGGAUUGAGGAAGAAAGGGAGUCUGUAUACUGUGUGUACUUAGUAGUUAGUAGUGUUACACAAACCACUGACUAGAUGAAUGAGUUAAAUCUGCUCCCAUGCUGGCUAAAUGAUAAUGUACCUUGAAGGAUAGAAAGAUAGAAAGCUGGAAGGAAGUGGAAAGCUUGAAACGCAAUAUAUGAAGUAGAAAGGCAGAUCUCAGGCCCAGAAAGUUCUAAAAGUGAAAUGCCAAACUUCGGUGGAGAAGGUUGUAAACUAUUUGUUUACGGAGUAUCAACAGGCACACCAAAGGAAGAAAUACAGGAUGAAUUUGAACGAUUUGGUGAAGUGACAGACACAUACAACAGUGGCAAAGGGUACGCGUUCGUUACAUUUAGUUCAAAAGAAAGUGCUGAACAGGCUAGAGAAGGAAUGAACGGGCAAACUAUAGGCGGACAGGAGAUAAAGGUCAGAAUAUGUGGGUGUCGGGCAGGUCGAUCACAGGACCUAGCAGGGGGUAGGGGGCAGGACAGCACAUGGAGUGGGACAAAUUAAGGAGUGGGGACAGUA